AUGACUAAGGACCUUCACGACAGGGCUGAAAGGUUGAGAAAACAGGGCAAGUACGCUGAGGCGGACCCUGUGUACCUGGAAGCUAUCGAGAUCCAGCAGAAGACGAUAGGUCCUGACCACCCAGAAUUUGUCAAAACGCUCAAUGGCCGAGCCUUAUCAUUGAAGGGUCAGGGCAAUUAUGCCGAGGCGGAUUCUCUGUCCCUCCGAGCUAUCGAGAUUGUAGAGAAAACGUUGGGCCCUGCCCACCCCAAUCUUGCUCCAUGUCUCAGCAUCCGGGCAUCAAUUUUGAAGGAACAGGGGAAGUACGCUGAGGCAGGCCCUCUGACGCUUCGAGCUAUCAAGAUUGGAGAGAAGACACUGGGUCCCGGCCACCCUGAUGUUGCUGGAUGGCUCAGCAAUCGGGCGGAUUUAUUGCGUGCAGAGUGCAAGUACGCUGAGGCAGAUGCUCUGUACGUUCGAGCUAUCGAGAUCGGAGAAAACACGCUAGGCCCUGAGCACCCCGAUCUUGCUACGAGGCUCAGCAACCGGGCUUUGGUGUUAAGAGCACAGUGGAAGAUUCCUGAGGCGGACUCUCUGUCCCUUCGAGCUACCGACAUCGGGGAGAAAACGCUAGGCCCUGAGCACCCUGACCAUGCUGCAAUUCUCACUGCUCGGGCGUGGGUGCUAGCGGCACAGGGCAAGAAUUCUGAGGCAGGCCGUCUAUACCUUCGAGCCAUCGAGAUCGGGGAGAUGACAUUGGGUCCCGACCACUUGAUGGUUGCCACCAUGCUCAACAGCCGGGCGUUGUUUUUGGAGAAACAGGGCAAGCAUGCGGAGGCCGAGCCUCUGUACGUUCGAGCUAUCGACACAUUGGGCCCUGACCACCCUGAUUUCGCGGUAUGGCUCGGCAACCGGGCGUCAUUGCUAGAGAAGCGGGGUAAGCAUACGGAGGCCGACUCUCUGUCCCUUCGAGCUAUCGCCAUUAGGGAGAGAACCCUGGGACCCGACCACCCCGAUUUUUCUCGAUGGCUGGUCAACCGGGCGUCGUUGUUAGAGAAACAGAAACAGGGCAAGGGUUCUGAAGCGGGCCGGCUAUACCUUCGAGCCAUCCAGAUUGGAGAGAAAACUCUGGGCCCUGACCACCUGCAGCUGGCCGCCAUGCUAAACAAUUGGGCGGUAGUCGUGGAGAAACAGGGCAAGUAUACUGAGGCAGACCCUCUGUAUCUUCGAGCUAUCGACAUCGGGGAGCGGGUGCUGGGCCGUGACCACCCGGAUUUUGGUGUUUGGCUGGGCAAUCGGGCGUCCUUGUUGGUCAAACAGAAUCAGGGCUAUUUUCCUGAGGCGGAUCAUCUGUACCUUCGAGCCAUCGACAUUGGUGAGAGGACAUUAGGCCCUGACCACCCGGACUUCGCUGUACGACUCGGCAAUAGGGCGUCAUUGUUAGUUAAACAGGGCAAGGAUUCUGAGGCGGACCGUCUCUAUCUUCGAGCCAUCGAGAUUGGGGAGAAGACGUUGGGCCCUUCCCACGUGCAGCUUGCCGCCAUGCUCAACAACAGGGCGAUAUUUUUAACGAAGCAGGGCAAGUAUUCUGAGGCGGACCCUCUGUACCUUCGAGCUAUCGACAUUGGGGAGAGGACAUUGGGGCCCGACCACCCGGAUUUUGCUGUAUGGCUCGGCAACCGGACGUCGUUGUUAGAGAAACAGGGAAGGUACAGGGAAGCAAUCCCACUCUUGGAGAGGAUCGUUUCAUCCCAGACGAAGAAUCUGGGAGAAAAUCAUCACGACACGGUCGACGCUCGGAAUAGACUGAAGCGUAUUCAAAAGCACACGAUGUCAAUCGCCUACCUCAAGAACCUUCGAAAAUGA